AGGAGGUGUACCAUGGUCGAGGACGGGGAGACGAGCCCUCACAAGGGAAGAUUGUCGUUAGAUACGCUGCGGGAACGCGGCAAUCUGCUCUACCAGAGAGGUUGCUACGGGGAAGCUAUUCUUGCCUGGACGGAGGCGCUCGCUUUAUUGUCGAGCGAGAAGGACCGCCUUUCCGUGGGAAGAAGCAGAAGCGCGAAGAUGACGCGCUGCAGUAUAAGCCCCGAAGAUCGAAUCAUCUCGCUCCUUUUUUCGAACCGUGCCCAGGCUCAACUGCAGCUGAGAGAAUAUGAAUCGGCAGAGAGUGAUGCCGGCACUGCGCUGUGU